AUGGACUCCGAACACCGAAAAGUAGAGCUCCAAUCCCCCGCCGACCUCGCCUACCUAACCUCUCGAAUCCGGCUCGCCGCCCGCCAAAAACUCGAUUUGCACCUGCCGCCCGUAAAAGACGGCAGCAACAGCCCGGACGAACUGCGCACCCAGGUCGAAUCCCUCGUCGACGCCUUUGUCGCAAAUGUGCUGCAGGGCAUGCGCAACAAUAUCAGUAUCAAUGGGCUUGAUGUAGUCGCACGGGGCCGCAGUGGCGAGGACGAGGGAGAGGAGCGGGGGGAGGCCAUGGAGGGCGUCGUGGGUGCGGACUUUGCUGGUGCUGAUGCUGGCAAUGCCAUAAGUGAAGCGGAGAAGGAGGAGUAUGAACCGUUCGAUGAGAAGUUGAGGGCGAGGCUUGCGGCGCAGGUCGCGAGGCGGGAUGCCUUGGUGGCCAAGAUUAGUGCGCAUCGGAGGACGACGCCCAAGGCGGCGGCGGCGGCGUGGCAGGCGCGGUUUGAGGCCGAGGCCGAGGGCUUGACGAGGGAGAUGGCGGGCUGGGAGAAGAUGGCGGGUAUGGUCGGGGAGCAGGAUGUUGCGCGUGUGGAGCCGUUGUCGAGGGCAGACGAGGUGCAGAGGAAUUGGGAGCGGGCGGUUGAAGGGUUGGCCAGGUUGAACAAGGGAUUGCCGGAGACGAGGGCGAGGUUGGAGAGGUGUGGGCAUGUGGUUGGAUAUUUGGGCGAGGAGAAGAAGUGA